ACCGAAGCACCAUCACACUAAAUGGUGAGCUAUAUCUAAGCUGAGAAUUUGGAAAAAACGACAAUGGGACAUCAUUGUUGCAGCAAACAGAAAGUUAAGAAAGGAUUAUGGUCUCCGGAAGAAGAUGAGAAACUAAUCAAGUUUAUUACAACUCGUGCUCAUGUUUCUUGGAGUUCUGUUCCAAAGCUAGCAGGGCUGCAAAGGUGUGGAAAGAGCUGCAGAUUGAGAUGGAUAAACUACUUAAGACCAGAUCUCAAAAGAGGUUCUUUUACUGCGCAAGAAGAGAAAACCAUCAUUGAUGUUCAUAGAAUUCUAGGCAAUAAAUGGGCUCAAAUAGCUAAGCAUUUACCUGGUAGAACUGAUAAUGAGAUCAAGAACUUCUGGAAUUCAUGCAUCAAGAAGAAGCUUAUUGCACAAGGAUUAGAUCCCAAUACUCAUAAACUUCUCUCCCCUAAUUAUGCUCAAAGCUAUAACAAUAAUACUGCAUGCACACCUUCUGCAGAUUCUCAUUACCAGCCAACCUCAUCUUCUUCGGUUUUCCAUGCAACUUCACAAAUGAAAGAUCUUUCCAUGGAUGUGAAGGAAACCCCCUUUACCCCUUCUUUAACUUCUAUUGCUUCUCAUGAUGCUAAUUAUUUCUGUCUUCAUCCACUUCAUAUUUCCUCAACACUAACGACUUUCUGUGAACAUCAAAACUCUAAUAUACAAGCUUUAUUGGAUCAUGCAAGCCAAUCUAGUCCAAUGGGAAGCGUCCCCAUAUCGUGUUCUGCUACAAAUCCAUCUGGUUUUGGGAUCAUAGACGAGAAGAACCUAUGGGGUGGUUAUACAGAGCCUAUUCAACCUUUAAGAAACGAACAAAUGAAGGUAGAACAAGCAGUUCAAUUUGAGAGAACCAGUGAGGUGUAUGCUGGGCAGAAUAUGGAUUCUUUGUUUCAAAGCUCUAACUUUAAUUUUCACUUUAUGGAGUGUACACAAAUGCCUGAGAUGUAUUAUAGUGUGAACCCUAUAGAUCAAUUGACAUGGGAUUCACAGAUCUUGCAAUAACAAAAAGGAGUAAGUAUCUUUUCCUCUCUCUGCGCUCAGAUGUUAAAGAAAUGGUGCCAAGUUUGUUCAACUUAAUUAGAUUAGAUAUUGUAAUAUGCAAAUUUCUUGUACAGUACAGUUUACUUUU